AUGCGAAACUCCACCACUUUCCCAAUCUCGCCGUGUCGGACCUUUACGCAUGUCCUCCUCCUCAAGCUCUGGAUCACUGGAUCGGGCAUUGACACGACUACGUGGAGCGAUACAUUUCUCCAUCGGCAUGACUUACCCAACGACUUGUCUACAGCUGCACAGAAUGAGACUCUCGGGUUCGAAAAGAUCUUCUACAUCAGCAUGCCUCACCGGCCGGAUCGCCAAGACAGCAUGACCAUGUUAGCCACUUCAACAAACAUACGACUAAUUCUACAGGAUGGGGUCGAUGGCAACGCUAUUCACGAAAAGGCGAGACCGAAAGGUAGCCAGGCUCUAAGACCGGAGCAGCUGGGCUGCUGGCGCAGUCACGCUAACGUAUGGCGGAAAAUAAUCGAAGAACGAAUACAAACGGCCAUCAUACUCGAAGAUGAUGCCGACUGGGACGUCCGAAUUCAUGACAUCUUUCAGGAUCUAAGCCUCCAAAUUCGAAAGGGGGUGCUAAGGAAAGACAAGCCCACGAGCUACGAGGUUGCCCAUGCACCAUACGGUAUGGAUUGGGACUUGUUAUACGUCGGCACUUGCUGGAAUAUCAACGCUGAAGUUCGCCCACCAUCCCAUAUUUACGAAGAUGCCAAUGCGCCGAAUUCAACAGAAAUGGCUUUCGCCUACCGCAACGAGCUUGAGUACUGGGGAGCCGAUACUUCCAACGGCCGGCGCGUCAGAGCAAUAACCCCUUCGUGGUACCCUGUGUGCACAAUUGGUUAUGCUGUAACAUUACAAGGAGCUCAAAAGCUGCUGCACACAAUAGGAAACGAAGGAAGUGUGGGAGCACCCGUUGACCUUGCCAUGAUAAGCGGGAUUCAGUCUGGCGGUCUCACGUCGCUGACGAUCGUUCCUCCAUUAUUCACGCCUUGGAAGACCGGAACCGUUUCCGACAGCGAUAUCGACAAUCUCGAGACCACCGAGGACGAAUUGCCGCAAGGCAGCGAGAAUCUGCGACACAGUGCAAGGAGGGCUUUGGCAGCGCAACUCAAUGGCGGUGCCGAAUGGCUUCGGUAA